UAAAAACCAAUUUUAAAAUAAAUAACUUAGGAAAGUAAACUCGGUUUCUAAAUCUCUUAAUUUUCCGUCCCUUGGUUCUCUUCAGUCUACUCUUCCCAGUUCAUCCUGAGAUUUGAAACCUUGGUAGUUGCAGCUAGGGAGCUAACUGUUUAUUUUCUUGAGUAGUGACUAAACACUGGGGGACGGUUUAUAGUGACACACGUUUAGUAGACAUAAAUGGUGUGCUGUGCAUAACAAGCCAAAAAUAACACAACUGGCAUUUGAAUCUUAAUUGAAAACCAUGAAACUUCUAGCAGUUUUUAUUUCAACCUUCUCCCUCUGGAACUCAGUUUCAAGUGCAGAGUGUGAGCUAGGAAGGAGCUGUGUAACUUUACGAGAAUGUCCUCUUAUUAUGCAACAACUCAGACUGGCCCAAUCUGCUAGGUCUGACAGAAGCUUUGGAGUUAUGAACAAUAUUUUAAGUGCAAUUAAAAGCUCGAUGUGCGAAAAUUCAUCUAACACAGUGUGCUGUCCCCUUUACCUUGGAGCUUUAAACAUAGAGGUGGCUAAUGAUGCAUCUCCUGUAUACGCUCUAAACAGUACAACUGUACGAAUUCUGGAAUUUCCAGUACAAGGAGAACAAGAUGUACUGGAACCGUACUUCUGGAGAGAUACUGAAUGUCUACCAGUAAUAGAAUAUCACAUAGCUGAGGAAACCUUCAACUUUAAUUACAGUCCGGAGAAAACUUAUUUAGAUUUAAACCUUCCUCCGACUCUAUCAAUGGCGUCUGUCAGAUGUAUGGGGUUGUGGAAAGAAGAUACUUUACUAGGAUUUGCGCACUUGAAACUACCCUGGGAAGAAGUGGAACAAAAUAAUAUUGAAGAUAAUUCACCAAAAUUAGCUCCUAGAAAAAUUUUUAGUAAUCUAGACUAUUAGAAUGCCAGACUACAAGACUAGCACAAUUGUACUCGUCUUAAAACAUCUUUACAAAUAAAUGUACUCAGUACAUUAAAUACUUUUAUUAAUCUAUGUCUUCCAUGUAAUGAAUAAUGAUGUAAUUUGAUAAUUUUGUAUCUUUACAAAUAUAUGAAUUUGAGUCUUAAAUAAAGUUAUGUCUUAAA